UUCCAGGCUGAGUCGUGCCACACUGGUCUAUCCCGUACCGGGGAGUCCCAGGAAGAGCUGCGUUUCGUGGAGGGGGAGGGACAGAACUCAGGGAUGGAACCCUCGGCCGAUGAGGUCAACAACAACAAUUGUGCGGCCAGUCCAGAUGAGUUGGAGAGCCCCCUGAAGACCAACCUGGAGGGAGAAGCUCUGGACGGAGCCCUGGAACACCUGAGGAUAGGUAACACCUUCACCUUCAGGGUGACGGUCCUCCAGGCCUCCAGCAUCUCUGCAGAGUACGCUGACAUCUUCUGCCAGUUCAAUUUCAUCCACCGCCAUGAUGAGGCCUUUUCCACAGAGCCUCUGAAGAACACAGGGCGAGGCCCUGCUCUGGGCUUCUACCACGUACAGAACAUUGCUGUAGAGGUCACCAAAUCCUUUGUGGAGUACAUCAAGACCCAGCCUAUGGUGUUUGAGGUGUUUGGUCACUACCAGAAACAGCCAUUCCCUGCUUUGUGCAAGGACCUGAUCAGCCCUCUGCGUCCCUGCAGAAGGCAGUUCCCCAAAGUCAUGCCCCUGUCCAAACCAGUCCCUGCCACCAAGCUGACUACCCUGAUGCGCCCUACAGCUGGGCCCUGCCACUGCAAGUAUGACCUCAUGGUGUUCUUUGAGAUCUGCGAACUGGAGGCCAGUGGAGACUACAUCCCAGCAGGAGUGGACCAUAGAGGAGGCAUGCCUUGCCAUGGGACAUUCAUGCUGCACCAGGGUAUCCAGAGGCGCGUCACGGUGACCAUCGUUCAUGAGACAGGUGGAGACAUCGAGUGGAAGGAUGUCCGGGAACUGGUUGUGGGUCGUAUCCGCAACUCUCCCGAGGGGGACGACGCCAUCAUAGACCCAAACAUCCUGUCACUCAACAUCCUGUCAGCUGGGUCUGUCAAGCCCAUGCAGGAGGACAGACAGUUUCUUGAUUCGGACAUGCCUAGGACAUUCUAUCGCUUCGAGGCUGCCUGGGACAGCGCCAUGCAUAACUCCCUCCUCCUGAACCGGGUCACUCCUUACGGAGAGAAGAUCUACAUGACCUUGUCGGCCUACCUAGAGAUGGAGAACUGCACCCAGCCCACAGUCAUAACCAAAGAUUUCUGCAUGGUGUUCUACUCUCGAGACGCUAAACUCCCGGCCUCCCGCUCCAUCCGAAACCUGUUCGGCACAGGAAGCCUGAGGGCAGUGGAGGGUAACCGGGUGACAGGUGUGUACGAGGUCAGCCUAUGUCACCUGGCCGAUCAUGGGAGUCCAGGUAUGCAGAGGAGACGUCGCCGGGUGCUGGACACCUCGGUGGCGUACGUCCGCGGGGAGGAGAACCUGGCUGGGUGGAGGCCUCGCAGUGACAGCCUCAUCCUGGACCACCAGUGGGAACUGGAGAAACUCAGCCUCCUGCAGGAGGUGGAGAAGACGAGACACCGCCUGCUCCUCAGGGAGAAAUUAGAGUCCAUCCUGCUGCUGGGUCAGGAGGGGUUGUUGUCCUGUGUAGGUGAGGAGCAGAGUGAGUCCCCUCAACCCUCUGAGGGUCUUGGCCUCAGUCCCACCGUAGAUGCCCCUAAUGAGAGGCAGAGGGAGCUAGCCAUCAAGUGUCUUCGGCUGCUCACCCACUCCUUCAACAGAGAGUACAGCCACGUGUGUAUCAGCGCCAGUGAAAGCAAGCUGUCUGAGAUGUCAGUGACUCUGCUGAGGGAGUCGACCUCUGCCACGGCCCUCAACAUCCUCACCCCCUCCUCGACAUGCCCCUCACUGGUGGAGGGCUGCUACCCCAAGUCCGAAGGGCUCAGAACGCCCAUGCCUCGUUCCCGCUGCGCCAGCCCCAACCCUGACUGCUCACAGCGGGACGGAGAGGUCAAGAUAUCCCCUGGCCCCAGUGGGGUCGCGGCCCCAGAGGUUAAGCCUAGGGAACUCCGCUUCGUACCAGACAUCCAGGAGAUCCGGGUCAGCCCCAUCGUGUCAAAGAAGGGCUACCUGCAUUCUGAGCCUCAUACCAACGGCUGGGUGAAGCGUUAUGUGGUGUUGAGACGUCCCUACGUCUAUAUCACAAAUACAGAGAGAGACAGCGUUGGAGAGAGCCAUCCUCAACCUCUCUCUGCCCAUGUCGAGUACAGCGAGGACAAGCAGGCCAUGCUUAAGACCCCAAACGCGUUUGCUGUGUGUACUGAGCACCGCGGGAUACUGCUCCAGGCCAGCAACGACAAGGAGAUGCACGACUGGCUCUAUGCAUUUAACCCUCUCCUGGCUGGAUCCAUCAGAUCCAAACUGUCCAGAAGAAGAGCUGGACAGAUGAGGAUGUGAAUCAACAUGUCUUAAAGACAAGACAACAGAACACCAAAAGACUAACCUGUAUAUAGACCCCAGACUUAUUACUCCUUUUCCUCCUGUGCUGACCCCUUAACCCCUCCCCCUCCUCCUCCUCUUUCUGCACACGCCCAGUUAAUCCCGAGCUGACCACCAGCGUAUCUAAGGCCUUGAGGCCUCCGUCAUCGUUGUGUGUCUGUCAGGCCUGUACCGCUGUCUGUCUGUCUGUGUUGGCCUUAUUGUCUGGUUUAAACCCCUCUCCAAGGCUGAGGCGCAAAUACCACCCUAUUCUCUAUAUAGUGCAUUGCUUUUGACCAGGGCCUAUAGGGCUGGUCAUAGUUACUGUAAGAAGGGCCUAUAGGGCUGGUCAUAGUUACUGUAAGAAGGGCCUAUAGGGCUGGUCAUAGCUACUGUUAGAAGGGCCUAUAAGGCUGGUCAUUGCUACUGUAAGAAAUGCCUAUAAGGCUGGUCAUAGCUACUGUAAGAAGGGCCUAUAGGGCUGGUCAUAGCUACUGUAAGAAGGGCCUAUAAGGCUGGUCAUAGUUACUGUAAGAAGGGCCUAUAGGGCUGGUCAUAGCUACUGUAAGAAGGGCCUAUAAGGCUGGUCAUAGCUACUGUAAGAAGGGCCUAUAAGGCUGGUCAUAGCUACUGUAAGAAGGGCCUACAGGGCUCUGGUUAAAACUAGUGCACUACAUAGGGAAUAGGGUGCAGGCUCUGGUCUAAAGUAGUGCACUAAGUAGGGAACAAGGUAUCGCUUGGGAUUGAGCCCAAACCUCCUUACUUUACCAGAAUGUUCCGAGCCGAGGGAACGGAGGAAGAGAGAGGGGGAGAGGGGUAGUUACCAGUUCCUUAUUUUAUAGACUUGCAUUAUGAUGUACUGUAUGGUAGUUGUCAGCAACACGUUGAGCUUAUUAAAUAACACAUUUAUUCCUUCAGGAAAGAAAA